CACGAAAGAAAUCUUUUCAUCCCUCAUCGAGGAGUGGGAGAGGAUCCUCCCUCGAAAUCGAUCAUUGGCGGAUGACAUGGAUAGGUCGGAGAACCUUUUCGAAGAAGCUUGGUGGAAGGUGAACGAAAGUGGAACGAAGUGAAAGAACGAAGUCUGGCGGGGGUGGACGAAGGGAGAAGAAAGAAAGAAAAUAUGUCGGUCGCGGGGACGAGGAGGCUGUGCAGAGUGGGCCUGAUCGCGGUGCUGGUCACAGCGUUGUGCGUGUUGACUCUGCUCGAUUCGCCGCCACAACUCCCGGAUCCACCGGCGGAUCCUCCUCCCACGCCUGGUGGCGUACCCCCGGGCACAAGAAGCAUCGUGGCUUACUCGUGGGCGCGGAGAUUGGCACUCGAUUACAGACCCUCCAAGGAGUGCGACGGUAAUGGAACGUACGGAACGACGUUAAAUACGUUCAAGUUAGCCGACGAGAAGUGGCUCGAGACAAUCCCUGGACAGCUCUUCCUGUACAGCGCCCACUUGGACCUGAGAGUGGCCGGUUAUCCAAGCCUCAGGGUGAUUGGCGUUAAACGUGGACCUCUGCCGACCUCUGCCCUUUUCUGCACCGUUUGGUACGAAGAGGAGGAUCGAGGCAGAGCAGUGAGCGUGGAGGCACUAGUGUCGACCAUUUGGCUGGAGGAAUGGGGCGAGGCGGUGGACAGCUACGCGGGGAUCCUCGUCGGUUGUCAAUUACCACCCGACGCGGCGAUCGAGCCGUCCAAGGUGUACGUAGGCCUGGAGCCCUGCCACCAGAAUGCUAGUCAUAGUUUAGCGAUAAACAACGAGGACAGGGGCGAAGACGGCGAGGCGCGGCGACGCCGUCAAUUCACCCUGUGCAUCAAGGGUUUGGACUUCGACGAGGAUAUUUCGAGGAGGAUCGUCGCAUUCGUCGAGCUCCACCGCAUACUGGGCGCCGAACUCUUCUACUUCUACGUGUUCAACGUCCACGAGAACGUGUUGCGGGUGUUGAGGCUGUACGAGCGGUCGAACGUGAUCAGAUGGUUCAAUCUCACGCUUCCCGGUGAUCUGCCGAACGAGAAGAUCACGAGGAGGCGGUUCCUCUCCGAGAAUAUCUGGAUCAAGAGACGCAUGGAGCUGAUACCGUACAAUCAUUGCUUCUACGAGAAUCUUCAUCGUUCGGAAUUCGUGCUGCCCAUCGACAUCGACGAGGCGAUCGUCCCGUCCAGGAGGAAGAGCUGGCACGAGUUGUUGCUCGACGAGAGGGUGAAGCUUGGAAGGGGAUUCAAGGAUUUCGCCUCGUACGCGGUGAGAAACGCUUACUUCUUCCCCGAGCUGCAGACGAGGAACAGGAGCAGCGGUGGCGACGAUUCCUCGGUGGAGGACAACGAUGCCACCGAUAUUCUCACCGAUUCGAGUUAUCUGGACACGGUGAGGACGGCCUGUAUCUCGCCCGAGGGCGACUCGGUGAAGAGUUUCGUCUCGACCAGGCGCGCGUUGACGGUGCACAAUCAUUACGCGUUGACCGCGUUGAACCCGUCCACGAGACGGGCGCACCAUUUCGAUCCGGAGGACGUGUUGAAGCAUCAUCACAGGGCCUGCGACCAGACGCAUUUGGACUGUGACGCUUUGAUGGAGGACGUUCGGGUCGAUGAGUCCGCGUUGAGGUACGCGCACGAACUUAAGAGGAGGGUGAGAGUGGUUUUCGCCGAUCUGAGAACGUUCGCGUAGCGAAUUCUGGAGAACUACUUGUGUACAUAAUAAUAAAGGAUGGAUAGGAUUAAAUCGA